AUGUAUCCGAGCGCAGUGGCGACGUGCGCGUUCCUCCUCCUGCCGUGGGCUGGCUGCGCGCUGGCUGCGGGCUUCGCCUUCUCCAACGUGUCCGUGGACGCCGAGGUGCGCUCCAGCUUCCUCCAGAGGCGGCUGCGCGGCCAGGAGCGCAGGGACAUCCAGCGGGAGAUCCUCUCCAUCCUGGGCCUCCCGCACCGGCCGCGGCCCCUCACGCACACCAAACGCAACGCCGCCCCGGCGUUCAUGCUGGAUCUGUACAACACCGUGUCCACGGAGGCAGAGGCGCGUGGGUAUUCUUACUACAAGGCCGUCUUACUGAGCCAGGCCUCGGCUGGUCUGACCCCGCAGGACCGUCGCUUCCUGGACGACGCAGACACGGUGAUGAGCUUCGUGAACCUCAUUGACCAGGAUCAGACUCUUCUGUUCCAGAAGCUUUUCCAAGAGUUUCAAUUCAACAUUUCAAGUAUUCCAGAGGGAGAGGUCAUCACAGCAGCAGAGCUCAGGAUUUACAAGGAUUUCAUCCAGGAGUAUGUUCAGAAUGAAAUCUUCACAGUCAGCAUCUACCAGGUCCUUCAGGAGCCUACAGACAGUGAGGUGGAUCUGCUGCUGCUGGAUCAGAGAGAGGUGUGGGCUUCAGAAGAAGGAUGGCUGGUUUUUGACCUGACUGCUACAAGCGCCCUCUGGCUGCUCCGCCCUGAACAGAACCUCGGUCUGCACCUGAUCGUGGAGGACAGCCGUGGUCAGAGGAUGAACCCCCGGCUGGCCAGCCUGGUGACAGGCAGGGAGCCAAAGGAGAAGCAGACCUUCCUCGUCGUCUUCUUCAAAGCCAGCGGGGUGCGGUUCCGCAGUGCCCGAGCAGCUCACGGCCACAAGGCCCGCAAGUCGAACCGCUCCAAACCACAGAGGACUGCUCAAGAUGCAGCGAAGGCAGCAGAGACUGCAACAGCUAACCUCAGUUUCUCUAAGGAGGGGUGUAAGAAACAUGAGCUGUAUGUCAGCUUUAGAGAUUUGGGGUGGCAGGACUGGAUAAUUGCACCAGAGGGCUAUGCUGCAUAUUACUGCGAGGGAGAGUGCGCGUUCCCUCUGAACUCGUACAUGAACCCCACCAACCACGCCAUUGUGCAGACUCUGGUGCACUUUAUCAACCCUGGAACGGUUCCCAAGCCCUGCUGCGCCCCCACGCAGCUCGACGCCAUCUCGGUGCUGUACUUCGACGACAGCUCCAACGUCAUCCUGAAGAAGUACCGCAACAUGGUGGUCGAAGCCUGUGGCUGCCACUGACUGCUGAACAACAUGCAGAGACGAAGAGACAAGACAGAAGGGGAGAUGAUGUGCUGUCUGGUCACCAGG